ACGGUUGCUAUGCCAAAGAAGAAGAAGAAGAAGAAGAAAAAGAAGAAGAAUAAAAUCUGUUGUAAAAACACAAAUCCAUCAAUUUGUUCGUGGUAAUCUUGAUCCUUUCCCAUUUUCACUCCCUUUUUUUACAGCGCACCUUUCAACAACAAACACAGUGACACUGGGAAUGUUGCGAAUCCUUAGGAAUGUGCGCAGUGCGCACGCCCAUCCAAAAUGAAGCCGCACCGUUCCGCACCUCAUCACCUGUUGCACUUGUUGCAUGGAGAAUGCUCCGUCCGUCCACUCGGUCGGUCCAUUCCACGCGAGGACGUCAAUGUCACUGCGGCGCGGCCAGCGUAAUGUGCGAUUGUUGCCGUUCGUCGUCACAUGAUGCGGCUAUUUAUAAUCCACCGUGAAAGUAUUGAUCAAAUAAACGGGACGGGACCAUCACAUUCCUACCAACGGGGCAGUCGGACCGAACGAAAAUCAGAUCGGACCGUGUAAAAAGCGAAAGCUAAAGUUGCCACCAGCAGCCCCGGAACAGCGAUGGAGCUAGCGGAUCUACCGAACGAGCUUCUGCAAAAAAUCUUCACCUUUCUGCCGGUGAACGAGCUCGUCAGCGUCGUUUCGCUCGUCUGCUCCGCCUGGUGUGAUGUAAUCCGAACGUUUGUGCUGCCCAAGCAGGGCCUACUGCACGUUCGUCCGGUGCAUCCCGUAACACAUCAGCUAAUUGCCAUGGAGACGGUCCUGAAGGAGCAAGCGGUGAAACCAUACCCCUGGACCAACCUGAAGCUAACCAUUCCCAACGGGGACCUACCCACCCGACCAGAGUUUAUGCGCUUCUUCAACCAGCAAGGACACUCGCUCAAAACGCUCACCAUCCAGUGUACCGAACUUACGGGGGACAUUCUUGCCGCGUUCCCCACGCUCUACCAUCUCGAAAGCCUCUGCAUCGUCAGCGAGUCGGAAUCGCUGUACGGGCCCGUGCCAGCGAACGUCGAGAUGGCCCUAACCUCCCUCAAAUCGCUCGCCCGCCUCCGGCUGCAUCUGCCCUCGUACACCAUCCUGCGCAGUGUCGCCUUCCUGAGCGGCGCAAGGCUCGUGUCGCUAGCGCUCGAACGGUUCGAGAUGGAGCUACACCACCUGCGCCCCCUGCUGGACGAUCAUCAUCGCACGUUGCGCGAGCUGACGGUACGGGUGGAGGAGAUGAAACCACUGCUGACGCUGCUAAACUCCUACCCGUCGCUCCAGCUGCACCGGCUAAAUGUGAAGAGUGCCGGCAAUGAGGACGAUUUUUCCGACGCCCUAAUCCAGCUGUACGACCAGCAGCCGCAGCUCCGUGCGCUUACGAUCGGCUCGGAACUGUCCCUGCGGGCGGUUGACGCGCUGCCGCAGAAGCUGCUCCAUCUGCAGGAGCUGGAGCUGAUUGCGGAAAGCAUCAACAACUGUAAGGCACUGAGCGAGCUGCGGCAUCUGCGCCGGCUUACGCUGUGUCUGUACGAUGUCCGGGCCUGGGACGAAACGGUGCAGCUCGAGGGUGUGACGGAGCUUUCGCUCGCGGUAACAUUUCCACUCAUUUCACCGGCCAUAUUUUGCUCCUUUCCGUGCGUGGAUCGGCUGUAUCUGGAGGACGUGGACGACGAUACGCUGAUGCGCGACAUUGUGGUCGUGCGCACGCUGAUGGCGUGUAUGCGGCAGGUGCGCGUGCUCGAUCUGGAAAACUUUGUGUUUCGAGAGCGCGAAAUCCUGAACGAUGGUGUGGUGCGGUUUGAGGAGAUGGAGCGGCUGGAGUGCUUGAAGUAUAGCUGUCGGGAUAUGUCCGAUGCGUCGCUGCUGACGAUGAACCUGCCGGUGCUGCGGGAACUUUACCUCACGCACUGUCCGAAUGUUUCGUUCGAGGGUUUAUCGUACCUUGUGAGGAACUGUCCGCUUAUUGAGCGGUUGCAUCUGGAGUCGAACAAGCGUGGGUUAGAGGAUGAGGCGUUGGAGUUAAUUACACGCAAGCUGACCCAUCUGAGGAUGUUGGUGCUGGUGAACCUGCGGGCGCUGACGAACGUUUCGCUCGAUUCGAUCGUUAACAAUUGCUUCUAUCUGAUGGAGCUCACCAUAACGCACUGUGUUGGUAUUACGCUGGAAAAAGGAGCCGCCAUCGAGAAGCUUUCGGUUGUAAAAUCGUUGAAAAAUUUAAUUUACAGCUAAUUCAAGUGUUUAAUAUGUUGAGGAUAACUAAAUUGCCUUACAGCGUUUUCCAGGGUUGCUCAUGGCUGUGGGACACUUCCUUGACUCUUUCUUAUUGGAAGUGAACUUCAUAUGUUGGAAAUUCGACUCUGUGGUACCCUUUUUGGACAGGCUCAUUGGAAAUUCCUAUUGGAUUGGUCAAACAAGGGUGCUAAAGAAUCCAAUUCCCAUUACAAUAAGUUCAUUUCAUGGAAGAAAGAGUCAAAAAAGUUUCCCACAGCUGUGAGAACUCCUAGAAAAGCCUGUAAAAUGCUUGUGGAAGCUUUUGCGAAAUGCAUUGCUUAAAAAGCACGCGCCUUUUGCAAGUGAGCAAAUGAAGAAACACUCCUUAUUGCACAAAUAAACCGUCCAGCUAAAGGAAACGCUUAAACAAAUGCAAACCUGCGUUGCUAAAUUUCGACACUUUUGAGGCGAAAUUUGCCGGAAAAAUUGAACAGCAAAAAGGAACCUCAACCUCGACGAUGCUGCAAUUUCAAUAGAUAUAUUCUGUUUAUUAUCUGCAGUAUAUAUGCUAGUUGUCGACAAUACAAUACUUCCAUAAAUUGUGUUUACGGGCCGUUUUGUUUCUCUCCAUCUUCCCACCACGCUGUGUUCUUGCACUUUCCUAUUCCACGCGCCACUGAGCCUAAAACCGUAUCUUGCCACCAUCCAUCGCCACACACAUACAUACGGGGGGGGGCGAUGGCGGGGCAUUCAAUAUGUAUGAUUUUGUGUACCAUCGUUUACUUUUGCCAUUUUUUGUUUUGGUUGUUGCCUGUUGUUGCAUUUUUACUGUUGCUGGAUGACAAUUUCCUAUCACUUGGUGGUUGUUGCUUCUUUAUUUUGUCUGCUUUUUGGUUGCGCGAAUGUCUUAGAAAACAACAUGAACAAAUCAGCGCUGCAAAUCUAACAAACUCCUCUCCAGCGUCUCCUUCUUCGGGAGACACGCACAAACACCAAUUGGGGAAAAAAAGCCGUCUAUAAAGUUGUACAAUAAUCAUCAAUCUCGUAUGUGGUUACACUCUAUUGUGUGGUUGUAGUUUUUGAAUUUUACAAAAAAAGGUGAAAAUGCUACCCAUUAACAAACUAGCAGUAAGUGUAAAAAAUUCUAUUCUUUUUUGUAUUUUCUUACACAAAAAACCUACAAACAACACACGACUGUGCUGAGCUAAUUUCGCCACACGUUUUUAACGACAAUAUAUAUAUAGUAUUCUCACCUCUCAGCUCUACUCACUAUUUGAACAUACUUCGCAAGGUAAAAGUAAAAGAAAUCGCUUUCCCCGGUAAUCAGCUACAUUGCAUACCCCAAUUUAAUAAUUGCAGAGCUAAACCGAGCUGCCAUCAAAGCUACGUGUGUAGCACAAUCGGUGUAGUAACUUACUUCGCUAGCAAACAAUGCGAGAUACGUUUUGGGGUGAAAUGUUUCAAUGGUGAUGAUGAUAUUUGCUGAACUAAUGCAAAAUAAAACCACAACAAACAAAGAACCACUUCUAAUGUGUAAAACGUUCGCCCCAAAAACAUUAACAAUGCACGUGCCCGAAGCAGUACAUUGUGGCCCUUUAAUUGUUAAAUGAAAUUCCGCUCAUCCAUUCCCUUUCGCGUGACGCUCAGACGAUCUUUCCCACUUAUGCAGCACAAGUACGUUAAAAUAAAAUCAUUUACAGCACACACACACACACGGACACGCGUUUGUAACGAAAAUUAGCCGUAAUUAAUUAUCACCUGUUUGCUUAUUUUCUAACAUUCCUACACACCUCCUUAUUAUUUCUUCGCCAUUUACCAGCAAUGAUGCGAAUAUUAAGCUUUCUCUCUUUUGUUUUAAAAAAUGGGACAAAACACGCACGCCUUUACGGCUGUGUGCUCCUCUGUAGUGAUGCUUUGCUUGUGGUUGUUUUGUUUUUUUUUUUU